GCGGGGCUGGCGGCCGUCGGUGGGGACCAGGACCCCCAGUGGGGAACGGCGCCGGUGGUGAAACGCGGAGUCCAGCCUUGGAUCAUGAAUUCCAGGGUGAUUUCUGGUGCCUGGAUUCUGUGCAUCUCCCUAUGAAGCCAUCCAAACCAGUGCUUCUCUGUAUCCCAUCCGCACCGCUCCAGGCCUCUCCUCCAGGCUGAUGUGGGGCCUGUUAAUGACCUCAGCCUGAGUGCUGGCUGUUAAUGACCUCAGCAGAGAGCACUCAGUUCAAUUACCGGCUUGGCACUGACUAAGGGCCAUCUGUCUUCUAGACAAGAAGCCUCUGCAGUCUAGCUUUGGUCCUUCCCAACAAUACAUCCUGCUGGCUGAGGAGCUCUCUGGCUCUCGGCUUCCAUGGAGGUGUCGUCUCGCCCGCCCAAGAGCUGGCACCAUGACCUUGACCAAGGGCUCCUUCACCUAUUCCAGUGGGGAGGAGUACUGCGGGGAGUGGAAGGAAGGCCGCAGGCACGGCGUUGGCCAGCUAAUGUUUGCAGAUGGCGGUACCUACCUGGGUCACUUUGAGAAUGGGCUCUUCCAUGGCUGCGGGGUGCUCACCUUCUCCGAUGGCUCCAGGUACGAGGGAGAGUUCGUGCAGGGAAAGUUCAAUGGCGUCGGAGUUUUCACGCGCUACGACUCGAUGACCUUCGAGGGCGAGUUCAAGAGCGGGCGUGUGGACGGCUUCGGGCUCCUGACCUUCCCCGACGGUUCCCACGGGGUGCCCCGCAGUGAAGGCUUCUUUGAGAACAACAAGCUACUGCGGCGGGAGAAGUGCCCAGCCGUGAUCCAGAGAGCUCAAAGUGCCUCCAAGUCCGCACACGACCUCCCGGUGUGACCGUGCUGCCAUGGGACUCUGCUGCCCACCCACAGCCCCUCCUGCCGC